AUGGCAACUACAAUGUCAAACCAUCAACAACAAGACCAACAACUUCCUCCUCCUCCUUACUCAAAAAGAGAUGGUAAUCCUAUAAAACCAACAGACGUCUCACAUCUCAUUCAUCCUGAUCUGCCUCCUCCUCCUCCUCUUAAUCAAGCAUCACAACAAAAUGAACAGGAUUUGGUUACUGCAGCUCAAGCCUUAACCCUGUUGACAAAGAACGCGACCCCUCCUUCUGACACUGAUACAAUAGUAACAGACCCACAAUCCCCACUUUCUAUUCAUUCACAUUCUAUUCCACAGUCUCCCAAUGGAAUCACAGCAACAACAACAACAACGGUAACAAAUCAAAUGGGGGCUGUUCAGCAACUAGAUCACAUUCCUGGUGCCCAACAAAGACAUCCAUUUGUUUCUACUGUUUCAAUGGUUGCUAAACAUCCAAUUGUUUUAAAUGCUGUCAAAUAUUAUGAAAACUCAAAGAGAAACUAUCCAUCAUUUAACUAUGCUGCUGGUAUAGUUGAAUCGGCUGCUAUUCCUGUUGUCAAUAAUAUAGAAGCUAAAUUAAACACCAGAUAUCAAACAAGACAAGCUUCUGUUGUUUCAUCUUCAAAUGAUAUCACCCCAACCAAUUCAUUAGCUGGAGAUUAUAAAAUUCAAUCAAAUCUGCAGAAAAAGAGACGAUUCAGUAAUUCUAGUCAGUCAACAACUUAUUCAUCUAUCGAUACCAAAAAAAGAUUACAGUUUUGUAUAAAUAUCCUUAAACUAGCUAAUGCUAAUAUUAGCUCAAAAGUGGAUUUCUUGCGUCAAAAAAUUAAUGAAACAGAAAUUGCCGUUAAAGAAGAAAGAGAAAAAUUGAAUGCUCAAAAAUCAAAUGAAGUUGAUACUACUCAAAAGGCCAAAACUGAAAUUGUUGGUACUGUUAAAAAAAUCAUUCAUUUAAUUUCAAAUUUCCGUCCGUCUUCAUUAGGUGAUACUAGUAAUAAUUCAUUAACUCCAGUCUCUUCAAAUAAUAGUUCACAAACAACACACAGUGCCACAGCAAAUGCUAAUAAUCAAGAUUUGGAAUUGAAGAACGCUAUUCGUGAUAUAAUCUUACAUUUGCCUCAAUCUUUACAACAACAGAAUCAACAAUCUGCAGCAGGAACUGCAAGUUCACAAGAUGAUGUUAUUUUCAAAUUUGCUAAAGAAUCCUUGGUUAUGAUUAGUAGGUUAACACAAAUUUUCACAGAAAAAUUAGAUCAAGUAGAAACUUGGGUAAAUGGAGAAGAAGGUGAACGGCCGAAGGAACAAGAGCAAACAAAAUUGGAACAAAAACUAAAAGAUGAUGAAGAAGAAGAACAUUUGGCUGCUGAAACUAAACGUAUGAAGAUUGAUGAAAGUAGAUGA